AUGCUUAACUUUCAAAUACUCCUUGUCUCGCUGCUGGGUACAGCAACUGCCCAGCAGCUCUCCGAAUACAAGUACGACUACGACUUUCGUCCCUCGGAGGGCAUCACGCCGACAUGCAAAGCAGCUUUGAACAAGGUUCUCGACUGCGAUACAUUACUUGCUCGAUAUGGACCUGAAAACAUCAUGCCGUCGGUCGAGCAAGCGACCAAGAUUUGCACUGCCACAUGUCACAGCUCCCUCGUCCAGUUCAAAAAAGAUAUACAAAAGGCGUGUCCGGUGGAGAGCAACAUCGUCCACUGGCCCGAUGGCAGCAACUUUACGGGCACGGAUAACAUCAACGAGUUCAUUGACAGGUACAACAAGCUCUGCCUGGUUGACCCAGAGACGGGAAGGUUCUGCUAUGACCUGCUUAGAGAAUGGGUGGAUUCGAGUGAGGCUGGGAAGUUCGGGAACCAGAGAUGCUCCGACUGCGUCUUGGGCUUGUACCAGAUACAAGAGGAGUCGAAAGCCGAGUAUGACGAGGACUUUGCGUUAGCAGUUGCUGAUUACAUCGACACUUGCGAGACGACGAGCGUUAACCUGCACAUACUGAAGGGCACACCAACUGCUACGGGCACUUCCUCCUCAACUGGCAAUUCAGGGGCAGAAACGACUACAGUUGCGACAGAUACCUCGGCUGCAGUGACUCCAGCUCAUUCCCCGGAGAUCCCAGUUCUCACUCCAAUGCCAUCCGGUGCGUCGACCUACGGCAUGAACCUUAUUUCGUUCAUCGUGCCUGUUCUGGUGCUGACAAGCCACUGGAGAUGGUUUGCCCAGAACUAG